CAUUAGUCACCAGGUGAGUGUCAAGCUGUGUAUCUGUGUCCCGCCGAGUGUCUUUCAUCCGGUUGUUAAGUCUUCGGCAAACUGCAUUCCGUAGAUUCAAAAUGUUCCCUCUUAAGUUAAUGAAAUUCGCUGUCAUUACAGCAAAGUCAUAACUUCUGGAUGGUGUUGAGGGUCACCAAACACUGCUGACUAGAAUGGCAUCAGGAUUGGCUGGUCAACGGUAUGACCUGGUAGUAUUUGGGGCCACCGGAUACACAGGACAGUUUGUGGUGGAGGAGGUGGCUCGGACAGCCCAGCAGGAAAGGUCCCAAGGGAAGGUCCCCCUCUCCUGGGCCAUAGCUGGGCGCUCAGAGAAGAAGCUGCAGGACGUUCUGACCACAGCCAAGAAAGAGACAGGAUUAAGCUUGGAGGAUGUCGGACUCGUCCUGGCCGAUGUGUCAGACCAGAAAUCUCUGAAUGAAAUGGCUGCCAAGUCCAAUGUCGUCAUCAACUGUGUGGGCCCCUACCAGCUGUAUGGUGAGCCAGUGGUGCAAGCCUGUGUGGAGAAUGGGGCCAAUCAUGUUGACAUAUCUGGUGAAACUUUAUUCAUGGAAAGCAUGCAGCUGAAGUACAACAAGGCAGCAGAGAAGGCUGGGGUACACAUUGUAAAUGCCUGUGGGUAUGACUCCAUCCCAGCUGACCUUGGCAUCAGGCACAUGAUUCGCAACUUCAAGGGUGAACUGAACUCAGUUGAAAUGUUUGUGCAAACAUCUGGAGGGAGUUCUAAAAGUGCAAUACACACGGGCACAAUGGAGUCUGCUGCUCUGGUCAUUGCCAACCGGUCAAAGGUUGGGGCCAUCAGGAGAGAGCUGUUUCCCACACCAUUGCCAAAGCCAAAGUAUAAAGUUGCAAAGAAAGGAUUUCUCUACAAGAAUGACACACUUGGGUACUGGGGUGUGUCCUUCCCUAGUGAUGAGCCCGUGGUGUACCGCACUCAAAGAUAUCGCCAUGAAAUGCUUGGGGAGCGUCCCAUCCAGUUCCAGCAAUUUAUUAGGAUGCCCUCAUUGCUGCAUGGGGCAAUGUUGAUCAUAGGCAUGGCCUACUUUUUCUUGUUAAGCUCAUUUGCAUGGACAAGAAAUUUACUUUUUAAGUAUCCUGACAUUCUCACAGCUGGGUUGUUCAAAAAAGCUGGAGCUGAACGAGAAUCUCUCAAAAACUUGAAAUUCACUGUCACACAAAUUGGCCAUGGCUGGUCUGAGAAACUAGCUGAAGGCUCAGAUGAAUAUGCCAGUCCUCCUGAUUCUUCCAUUAUUGUGAAGGUGAAGGGUCCAGACCCCGGAUAUGGUGCUACCUCCAUCAUGAUGGUCUCAGCAGCCAUGACUAUUCUGAGGGAAAAGAGUUUGUGUGCUGAAAAGGGUGGAGUGAUGACACCAGGGAUUGCCUUUGCCAACACAGGCAUCAUUGAGCGCAUGUGUGAGCGAGGCAUGAGCUUUACAGUGGAGCAGGAGCAGCAGAAAAAUUAAAUUCGGGCCCAUCUGUAACCAGUGUACACAAGCAUAAUGUUAGGAUUCCUGUUGUUUUUUCUUAGCUGUUGUAGAAUGUGUGUUGAUCAAACUUCCAUUUAUCAUUGAUGUUAAAGCUUUCAGAAAAGUAUAUUUUCUUGGAUGAAGAUCUUUGUUAUAGUUAUUUGGGAAUUUUUGUUAUAGUGUUGGGAAUUAUGGUAUGUUAAUAAAUGCCUGAAAUGGCCA